AUUGAAUCGUGUGGUAGUCAUAGGCCAUGGUUAUAUAGCAUUCUUUCCGUUGGCAGCAGCAGCAGCUGUAGUAAAAGCAUAAUCCAAUUCCAGUUUACAGCUUUCAUGCCUUGCCUUUCAAUGCGCAUGGUCAAUGUCUCGGUGCGUUGAAUGUUGGUGGGUGAAUUUGGCGGAACACUUAAGCGAAAUAUUACAAUCGAGGCAAGAAUCGAGCUGAAAAGCUGAAUGGAUUGCUGUGCUAAAAGGAACAAAUACACACGAAUGGAAAUCCAGUUGAGCAAUGCACGAUGACGACGGUCGGUCUGUGACAGAUGACUGACCGAAAACCAGAUGGAAUGCCGUGCUUACGACUAUAUUUUUUUUUCCUGCUAUAGCACAUUUUGCAGUAAAGUUUUUGCUCAAGCGACUGAAUGUACGUGUAUGUAUGCGCGCCAAUAGGCGCAUAUUACACUAAAAACAAAUUUUUUACACAAAUACACACGCACCAAAAAGAGGCGCCAACACAUGUAAAUUGUGAUGAUUUUCCCCAUUGCUGCUACUGAGAAUAUUGCGGAAUGUCUCGAAUAUCGCUUGAGGCAAAAAUGUUGUCGAUUGUUGAAGUUUCGCAUGUGUAUGCGUACCACAUCGUCGCUCUCUUACUUGGAGCACACAUAUUUCUGUGUAUCUGCAACUCACCACUUGAUUAAAUGAAACAUUAGUUUCACACCAAACUCGACGAACGAAAACACACACAAUUUUUUGUUUCGUUUUCUUUUGGUGUUUCCACGGCUAAUCGAAUCCGAUUGGAAUCCAAUUAACAUAAACACUUAGUACAUUCAAAUAACAAACAAACAACCAGUCGCAAUAAAACAAUCAACCCCUAUUAUGACAAUUGUGAUGUAGUUUAAGUAAGAACACUGCACCAAACAAGUAAAUAGAAGAGUAAAGUUGACAACAAUGAAAGAGAGAAAUUAAAAAAAAAAAAAAACACGGCGUGGAUGUUUAUUUGCAUUCUUUUCGUUUUUUGCAACGAAAACCUGUCAAACGAUUUAUUCUUUUUGUAAUGAUGUUGUCGCUUUGUAGAAACCAAUUUAAGUUAUGUGUUGUGAUCCUAGUUUCAAUUGAAUGAUUUUUGUUCCAACGGCAACGUAAAAUAAAUGAAAUCAACCACAAAAAAACCAACGGUCUAUAAAUAAAACAAUAUGAAUUAUUUAACGACAAAAUUUCGUGUAUGGAAUGAAACUAUUUCCCACCAAUUUUUCCAUUGAUAAUGGCGGGGCACAUGGAGAACGAAGUCAAAGAAGACAAGACAACCGAACAAAGAGCACAUUGUUUCAAACAUCUAAGUAAAUCAGCGUCAGAGUUAGAUAGUCGCGAUAGCUAUACAAAUGUACCGCAACCGAGUCCAUCACCGCAACGAAGUGGGAGAACCGUAGCCGGCGUUUUGCAGCGAACGCAUGGAUUUUUAAGCACAUUAAAACAUCGCUGGUCACGAGGAAGGAGCAAAGAAAGGGGAUAUCAUGCACAUUCACACCACCAUCAACACAACAUCGAUGGCGAACUGCAAGACAGUGAAGGCACCGAUUAUGCUGCCGAUAAUAGUUCCGAUCACAGUAGUUCGGCAACCCAUUCGCCACGACAUAAACCAAUAGCGUACGGAGAUUCACCGUUGGCCCGGACCCAUUUAGCAAAACUCGAUAAACAAGAUUCACUAUCUAGUCAACAUGACCCGACCAAUGUCGAUGCCGUAAGAUCUUCAAUAUCAGCUGCACAGGCUGAAGAGUUGCAGCGCAAACGAGAGGCUACACUGCGGCAGCAUGUCUUUUUUCAACUUCGCAUUCACCUAAUCAGCGGCCAUAAUUUAAAGCCAAUGGAUAAAAAUGGUACCAGUGAUCCAUAUGUUAAGUUCAAAUUGAAUGGUCGACUGUUGCAUAAAUCAAAAACGGUACACAAAGAUUUGAAUCCAGUAUGGGAUGAAACAUUUAUUGUCCCCAUCGAAGACCCAUUCCAGAGUAUUCAAAUAAAAGUGUUCGAUUAUGAUUGGGGGCUCCAGGAUGAUUUUAUAGGCUCAGCAUUACUUGAUCUCACCACACUCGAGCUGUCACGAGUCACUGAACUCAUGAUUCCUCUUGAAGAUUCAACGCAGCCUAGCGGCACAAAUGCAACGAGUAAAAUGUUAAUCAAGUUAAAUGCAACACUUUGGCCACGCACACAAGAAGAUAAAGAGCAGUAUUUUCAACGUAAUCCGCGUCUUGCCGAAACGUCCAAGCGAAUGAAAUCGCAAAUUUGGAGUUCAGUCGUUACAAUCGUAUUGAUUGAAGCUAGAAAUUUGCCCAGUGAUACGGAGAAUAAUGUAUGCGAGCCGUAUGUUCGUUUUCGGCUUGGCAAUGAAAAGUACAAGAGCAAAACCUCAUGGCAAGCCCGAUGGCUGGAGCAAUUUGACUUACAUCUGUUUGACGAAGAGCAAUCAUUAGAAAUAACUUUGUGGAAUCGAAGCACACAGUACGGUAAAUGUGUAGUCGAUUUACGGAAUUUUCCACGCGAAGAAACGCAAAGCCUAUGGCAACAACUGGAAGAUUCCUCAACUGAAGUCUAUUUUAUGUUGACAAUCAGUGGAACAACAUCAUCCGAAACGAUAACCGAUUUAACCAAUUUCAAACCGGACGAACGUGAGCAUCUUGUGAUUGAGAAACGCUACAGAUGGCUGAAAACUUUUCAAAAUCUACGAGAUGUGGGACAUUUAACGGUAAAAGUGUUCGGUGCAACGGGAUUGGCAGCGGCCGACUUGGGAGGCAAAUCCGAUCCUUUCUGUGUUCUUGAAUUAAUCAAUUCACGAUUGCAAACACAAACCGAAUACAAGACCCUAUCACCGAAUUGGAAUAAAAUUUUUACUUUUAAUGUGAAAGAUGUAACGGCUGUGCUAGAUGUAACUGUGUUUGAUGAGGAUCGUGAUCAUAAGGUUGAGUUUCUAGGUCGAGUCUGCAUUCCGUUGCUUCGCAUCCAUAAUAAUGAAAAGCGAUGGUACGCACUGAAAGAUAAGAAAAUGUUCAGCCGAGCAAAAGGCAAUUCGCCGCAGAUUCUGCUCGAAUUGAAUGUGGUGUGGAAUCCGCUACGAGCGGCAGUUCGAGCACUUGAACCACAAGAAGAAAAGCUCGUACAGCAAGAAACAAAGUUCAAGCGUCAAAUUUUUCUGCGUAAUGUGAAUCGUCUAAAAUCGGUUGUUCUCUAUUUUCUUGAAUGGGGCCGAUUCAUCCAAAGUUGCUUUGAAUGGGAAUCUCCGAUACGAUCAACAAUCGCAUUCAUACUGUGGGUUUGCGGUUGCAUUUGGAUGGAUAUAUCGACAAUUCCAGCAAUUUUGAUGAUUAUCAUGCUAAAAAAUUGGUUCGUGCGAUGGAUUACGGGCACGUCAGCGCAGUCGGCCGACAAUGAAUUCGAUUAUGGCAGCGAUGACGAAGAUGAAGAAGACAAGGACAGGGAGGAGAAGAAGACCAUAAAGGAGCGCUUACAAACGAUUCAAGAAGUUUCGCAAACUGUACAAAACUCAAUCGGGCGUUUGGCUUCGCUGGGCGAAAGCGUUAAAAACACAUUCAACUUUUCCGUAUCAGAGCUGAGCUGGUUGGCCGUAAUUCUGUUGGUUUUGGCCUGUCUCGUUUUGCACUAUAUACCAAUUCGUAUACUGUUAUUGGUCUGGGGUUGUGUUAAAUUUUCACGUCGUCUACUUCGUCCGCAUACGGUUCCAAACAAUGAAGUACUGGACCUGUUAUCGAGAGUGCCUGAUGAUGAUCAACUGAUAAUGUACAGAGAAAUCGCGCCGCAUAUAGCUCCCGAGAUCCCCCGAAGAGAUUUGCGCAAAAAGUACAAGGCCUUAUAAAAUGCCUUUUAAAGGCUGCCUAACUUCUGAACAUUCAAUGAAAACUGUUGAAAGCACAUUUGGCGCAAUUAUUCGCAUAAAAUAUAUUGUUGACUGUGAACGCACACACAUACACACACACACACAUCAGUCGUCUAGGUCUGAAACCCAAUCCCUUUACACAAAUCUGAAGAAAGAAAAGACUACCCCAAUUUUUGUUUUUCUAUGCAACUUAUUCAUGUUUCGAGAUUCUCUAUCAUCAUCAAUAAUCUUUAUCAUAGUUUCCCACUUCUUUUUCUUUUCAUAUAUUCAUAAUGUCAUUCAGUGUUCGAAAUGAAACUUUUUAAAUUUAACAAACUUCAAAUGUUCAAUUCAUACCAAAUAAUCAAAACUUUAUUUCAGAUUUUAAACAACCAAAGAGAAACUACAAUACUUUAAAAAAAAGAAACAAAAAUUUUAUUUUAUGGCCUAUUUGCAUGGUUUCCCCUCUUAUCCUCUUGUGUCCAACCGAUCGCUUUUAACUUCUUAUCAACUAACACCAAAUAAUCUAUUUAUAUAUAUAUAUAUAUUAGUAUCAAAACAAUUUCAACGCAGAUUGUAACAAAUCUAUAUGAAAACAAAAAACCAAACUCUAUGAACACUAAACAUUUUUUGAAUUUCGUCAAUUUGAAGAUAAGAAAAUGUAAGAGAUACUGUUAUUGUAAAUACUAAACGAAAUACACCAGUUUUUCUGUACGCUUA